AUGGAGGCCGAUAAGACAAUGAGCCCCGGAGAUGUCAUCCGAAGCGAUGAGGGAAACGACAAGAUCAAAGUCGGACACAAGCGACGCUGCGGUGCAAUGGAGGCCGACGACGCGACCCAACAAACUACGUCUCGAAAGAAGAAGCCAAGGCAAUACGUCUACAUUAAUGGGCGACGCUACAAAUACGAGCCAGAACCGCCACCCAAAAAGGGAACAGCUAAAAAGAAUCAACCCAAACAUUUCCGCCUCGAUCUCGAGCACGAAGACGUCGGUCUUUACUUCUCCGUCGUUCCAAAGCACGGAGUGCCCGAGCCCGACUAUGCCUAUAUUUUCGUCGAGGCCCGUCGUGUUGUCGAGGAAUGGAGACAUUCAUUCGAGCUUCAAGAUGCUAAACUUGAGCGGGUGAAGGCAAAGUAUGCGCAGUCUGAGAAGGCGUUGACCAACAUGACCGAGCAGUCGAAGAAAGAACGGGCACUCGAUUACCAGUGGUUUGACAAGCUGAAGGAAGCGGUAAUCAAGCAGAGCCAAGAUCGCCGCCAAAAGGGGCGGGAGCUGAAUGCAGCAAUCCUGCAGCUCGCAGAAACCGAGGAGGAAAUGGAACAUUUGCGUGAUGACCUCCUCCAUACGGAGUACAGGCUUGAUCUGGCUCUCACGGUGGCGCGACAGAAGGAGGAGGAGCUGUCGAAGUUAAGGGGAGCUGUGCAAAAAGCUGCGACACUAGAAAACGAAUUGAAGAACACGCGUGAGGAAUUGCAACUCCUUAUCGUUGCAUUACUUCGGAGGCACCAGAAACGGCGUGGCGCCUUGCAGCAGGACGGGGAGGUGCCGAUAUCGACCCUUACGUAUCUUUUGGACUGCGUGGUCGAUACACCACCCGCUGCUAUUACGAGUCAUCAGACGUUGAAGGCCUUGAUUCGGGAAGUCCCAAUCCUGGAGCUGUAUUCCUUCGUACGCCAGCUGGCCAGCAUGAAAUCUAGCUGCACCGAGGCGAUUAAACUUGUCCAUGAUAGCCUCAAGCAGGAGAAGAAGGAUGAACUCGAGAGACUGGCACUCCUGCAUGAGCAAACCGAGCCAAGCGCAUCUUCGACCUCGCCCAAUUUCAAAACGCCGACGCUGAACGGGGACGAAGCAAAAGCAUCUUCUUCACAAGCUUCGUUAGCUUCAGGGCCAAGAAGUCGCAAUUCCGAUCAGUGGAGCUUGGAAGAUCGGAAAGCCAUUGAGCUCAUCAUGGCCGAAUUCAGGGAUCUGGAGAAAUGGCUGCCACGCUCCAGGAGCGAAGACCCCGAA